AUGAACGCUCUCGGAUUUAGUGCGACGGAAGCGGCUCAAAAUUAUUACAAUCUCUUUCAAAAUGAAUUAGACCACGAUGUUAUCCAAAAGGAAUUAGAAAUCCCUGAGGAAUUUAUUUAUCAAGACGAAAAUGGUCAAUCCCAAAUAAUUCCCGCCCAUACUUCCCUUACCCGUGAACAAGUAGAAAUAAUAGUUGAAAAAAGCCGAGAAAAAUUAUUAAAAAAAAUUCGUUAUGGCAAAGUAAUGCUUAUGGCUGAUGCCGAUGCGGAUGGCGAGCAUAUUGAGUGUUUAGGAUUCAAUUUUUUUAUUCGUUAUUUUCGUUAUCUAAUUGAAGAUGAAAAAUAUCGGCAGGAAAAUAAAAAAGUUUCCGGUAAUUUACAACGAUUUAAAGGAUUAGGAGAAAUGCAAGCAAAACAGUUACGGGACCUCGUUAUGGUUGCUGAAAAUCGCUCCCUUAAUGAAUUAACUUAUCCUGACCCUUUGGCUAUUCGGAAGACCUUCCAAGAUUUAAUGGGUCCCAAAAGUGAACCUCGCAAAAAACUUUUAGAGAGUGGUGAAUAUAAACAUGCCGAAUUAAAGCCAAUUGAUGGUAAAGUAGAUAUCAAGCAAGCCCUCUUAGUAAAAUUUUCUGAUUACGGUUAUGAAGUGGUAGAAGAGCGAGCCCUAACUCAAUUACAAGACGGUUUAAAACCAGUCCAGCGUUAUAUUCUCUAUGUUCUUUAUUUAUUAGGCUAUUUACCCAAUAAACCUCAUAAAAAGGUGCCAAGUGUAAUUGGGGAUAUUAUCAAAUACCACCCCCACGGUGACCAAAGUUCAAUCGAUGGUGAUUCUGCUGCCGCUUUUCGUUAUACCGAAGCCCGUUUAACUCGUUUUGAACCCGAAGUACUACCACCCCACCUUAAUUUAUUACUCAAUGGUUCUAGUGGUAUUGCGGUAGGAAUGAGUGCCAACCUCCCUCCUCACAAUUUAGGAGAAGUGGUAGAUUUAACCAUUGAUUUACUUAAUAACCCGCAACUUAACACCGAAGAAUUAAUAAUUAGAAAGGGAAAGACUACUCAAUGCUCGGCUUGUCAAAGUCCGAAAAUCAAUUUAAAUUAUUUUGGACCCGAUUUUCCCACCGGCGGGCAAGUAUUAGAACGGGAAAGAUUUUUGGAAAUUUAUGAAAAAGGCGAAUGUGCCAAAGGUAAAGGAACUAUUUACAUUCGGGCCAAAGCCGAAAUUAUUUCCAGCAAGCAAGAAAAAGAUAAAAAAGAUUUAAUUAGAAUUAUUGAAUUACCUUUCAAGGUCAACAAAUCAAAAGUAGUAGCCAAUAUUAGUCAAAUAAUUAAAGACAAAAAGAUUCCCGGAUUGAGGAGCGUUGAUGACUAUUCUAACUUUGAAGACCCAGUAAAUAUUCACUGUUAUUUUGACCCAAAUUACGAUGGAGAAGUUAUUCUUAACCAAUUAUACAAAAGAACCAAACUUCAAAACACUUUUUCGGUUCAAAUGCGGGCUUUGAUCGGAGACCAACCCAAAGUUUUUUCCUUAAAGGAAAUUCUCCAAGCAUUUAUCGAUAAAAAAUUGGAAACUGUUAAAAAAAAAUCCCAAUUUAUUUAUCAUAAGACUCAAAAAGAGUUAGUUAAUUUAAAAAUUCGUCUUUUUAAUAUUAAAAAUUAUGCAGGGGUGGUUCAAGUAGUUAAUGACAGUUCUUCCAAAGAAGAAAGUAAAAAGAAACUACUGGAUAAAUUCCGGGAAGAAAUAAAGGAUUUAAGAGACGAAACAGUGGAUUUAUUUUUGGCUGACCUUAUUAUCAAGGCCGAAAAAGCAAUUGGGGAAAUUGAAAGCCAAAGUCGGCGAAGAACUGAGGCCGCAAAGAGAGAAAAAUAUCGGGAGUUGGUUAGUUUGAUGAAACAAAUUGAUUUAUACAAAAAUGAUAAAAGUUACCAGAAUAAAGGUAGUGAAAUAAAUGAAAUAAAAGAAAGAAUAAAUAGCCCCGAAAUUGGAAAAAGAAAAAGUGAUAAAGAAUUUUCCGAUACAAUUACCCUCCUAGAAAGUUAUCUUAAUCCAGAACAAAAAGUUGCUGAAAGCAUUCUAGGAAACCCACCACCCUCCUUUUUCAGUUUUUUUUUAGAACAAAAGAAAAAAUUACAAAAUGAUAUCGAGGUCUUGGGAGAAAAACUUACCCAACAGCGAUUAUUAAUUACUGACCAAGAGCAGAGAAAACAACAACUAAUCAAUGAAUUAAUUGAGUUGAAAAAGGACUAUGCUGACGACCACCGAAGAACUAUUAUUAGCGCUCAAUCCCAUUCUAUUGCGGAAAGACAACUCAUUCCCCACGAAGAAAGGAUUAUUCUGUUAAGUCGUUCGGAGAACAAAAAAGAAAAUAAAAUCAAUAACUAUUUAACUGUUCAUCAUCUUUCGGCACUGGAACCAACCAAUAUUCCUAGUCAAGGCAAAGGAUUAAAAACCCGAGGUGAUAAUUGGGCUUACGGUAAAUUAUACAACCUUACUUUUUACGAGUUUGCGGCACUCAAUAAAACUACUAAUUUAAAUGAAGAAUAUUUCGUUAGAAGUCGGAAAGGAGUAUUAAAACCAACUUUACAAUCCACUGAAUUCUUUACCGCGGCUUUGUCAGUUCAAGAAGAAUUUACCGAACGAUUCUUGCUUAUUAUUACCCAAAAAGGAAAAAUUAAACUGCUUGCCCGAGAAAAAUUACAGAAUAUCAGCAAAUCAGGAAAGAAAUUAAUUAAUCUUUAUCAAAAAACGAUUGAAAAAUGUUCUCUUCACCAAACUCAAUUAACCAAGCAUAAAUCUGUUUCCCAUACUUGCGGUAUCGGUUGCCCGCAGUUAAGAGAACUGCAAAAACAAAUUAGAGAAUGCAAUGAGGAGGUAGAAAUCAUUCUCAAAAGAAAAAGCAAAGAUGGUCAGGUAAAAAACUUAAAAAUUCCGAUUUAUCGCCAAAUGCGCAGAAAAAACGAGGAAGGGAAGCCGAUUUAUUGUUCGACUCAUCAAACUGAAUUGAAAGAACAUAAAGCAAGCCAUACCUGCGGAAUAACUUGUGCCGGAAUAAGAGAACUGCAAAAACAAAUUAGAGAAUGUAAUAACUGUCAAAACCCCCACUUAUUUACUAAGCAAAUCAGAAAACAAAUAAAAUGCGAGCAAGUAGUUGAUUUAUUGGUAAUCAAAGCCGAAGAAAAUAAGGAAAAUUUGAUGCUGUUCUUAAUCAAAAAAGAUAAUACUUGUGAGAAAAGGUUAUUAUCCGCGGCUAAAACUUGA